AUGGCAACUCUUGUAGUUUGUGCUUCAGGUUUUACAACUCAAGAAAAAGCUAAAAUUUCCGAAAAUGUCACAGAACUCGGAGGAAAAUUUGAAGCAGACCUUACUCAAGCAGCACAAGUCCUUAUUGCAAAACAUUAUGGAACUCUCAAAACCCAAACUUCAAGUGACAAGAAUAUUCCCAUAGUGACUAUCAAAUGACUUGACGAUUCCUAUCGUAAAAAAAAAUUUAACGACCACUUUAUGCGCUAUAAACUUAAUUUAUUUGCAGGUUUAAAAAUUUGGCCAUACAGAAUCCCAAAAGAAAAAACUCGAGCAAUCCAAAAAAAAGGAGGCCAAAUUGUUGAAAAUUUUUCUCCUGAUUGUUUUUGCGUGAUUACUGCAAAUAAAAAUAUAAGCUAUCUCCAAUACUGUUUGCCUGAGACUAAAAUAAUCCCAGAAGAAUGGUUGGAUGAGUGCUUAAAAAUGAAUAAAUGGAUUGAUCCUCAAACUAUUGUGAUCGCUAAAUCCAUCAAUGAUGAUGACUACGUCCAAGAAUAUUAUUUAGGAAAAUGUGUAUUUUGGGUUGACGGGAUCGACCCCGAAGAAGAAAGGGAUUUAAAAGAAUUGAUUAUCAUAGGAGGAGGGACAUAUGUUAAUAAAUUUCUCCCAAGAGUCACCCAUAUUAUAACAAGAGAUAUGAAAAAGCAUCCUCUAAACGUAAGAAAAGUAUCGCCAGAAUGACUAAGAGACUGCUCCUUGCAAAAAAUCUGUAUUCCUGGACCCAUCGCAAUUAUUUAA